GGAAGUCAAAGUCAAUGGAACAAGAACUGAACGAAGCCAUCCGUGGCAGCAGAGGAAGAACCGAAGAGGCGAGUCCGGGGAAGUUUCAUUGUUCACAUUUUGAAGUCGAAGCGAAAUUCGUAAGGAAGCUUCGAGGAGGGCGUUAUAAAGAGUCCAAUCACAAGUCACUCGCAGUCACUGGGAAAAAGAGAGAGCGAAAUAGCUCCAACAGACAUUCCCUCUGCCGCCGCCGCGAACCACCUGCUCCUCUCAUUCUACUACCCUCAUUGAAGCUUGGAAUUGAAAUUUGUGAUUCUGGGGAGUGGACUGUGAACUCUGGAGUUGAGCUAUGGCAAGUUGGGUUGGACAAUCGGCCUUUGGAUCUGUAAUUCAAGAGGUGUUUGAUUCGGUUUCCAAAAUCAUCAACAUGGGUCAAAAGUACCCCAGCACCCUCCAAACCAUCAUAUCAACGUUGGAGGAUUUGCGUCCUCUGGUACAUGAGAUAAUACAGUAUACCCAGGAAUUGGAUCGCCCAAGAGCAGAAGUGGAAACACUGGCUAGAGAAAUGCGAGCAGGGGAAGAGCUUGUUUGCAGGUACUCCAAUAAAUCUCUCUGGAACUUUCUCUGUUUUCCUUAUUACCAGAAGAAGCUUCAAGCAAGGGACGAGUCACUGAGGAGGACAUUAAGCGUUGACGUUUCAAGCUCAGAUGGCAGGGGAUUUGACGGAGAUCUUAAAGAAGAUGACAGAUGUUCUUAUGAUCCUCUCCGAGCAAUUUGGGCUCACAAACUCUGGUUUUAGCACAGCUCUGUAUGGGACUUCUGAAAACCCAGACUUCACUGUUGGAUUGGAUGCGCUUAUGAAUCAAUUAAAAUUCGACCCGCUCAAGGGUGGUGUACCCUUCUUAAACUUGACUGGUUUUGGAGGAUCUGGGAAAACCACUCUGGCUAAAAAGCUCUGUUGGGAUCCUGAAGUUUUAGGUAAAUUCAAAAAAAAAAUAUCUUCUUUGCGACCUUCUCAAAAACGCCCAACUUGAAGAUCAUUGUGGAGAAACUAUUUGAACACUUUGGGCAACCCAAGCCUGAAUUUCAAGGCAAUGAAGAUCCAGGAUACA